CUAAAGAAACAAUGUGAAAUUCCAGAAAAUAUUAAUGCUUCAAUAAAAUCCUGGCUAGUCAGUGUGGGAAAGCUGCUUGACCAGGCGAAAUUAGCUAGCGAAAAGGAUGACUUGGAAACAGUGUACAUCUCUAAUGUUAAAGUCUCUUCUGAAGCUACAGAUAGUUAUAUGCAGAUGCCAGAACCACAUCCUACCCCAGAAUCAACAUCAAAUAUAUCCCAGAGUAGUACUAAUUCCUUGCAACAAUUAUCACCGGCUUAUAUAAUGAAUAAUAAUAUUAGUGGUAUAUCAUCGACUUCGACUUCAUCCGAUUCUAAUAACUUAAAUAUUACACAUAUGCAAAAUGGAAUUCCCAAAACCAAUAAUGCUUCGAAGCAAACCAUUUAUCCGCAAACUCCACCUGUCUCCGCACCAUCUUCUGAAACCUCUACACUUAAACAACUUACGAAAUCUUUGCCAAAUAAAAAAAAAUUAUCAGAUGUUUUACCUGAUUCCAACAAAAUAGAGGCUAGCGUUUUGCGUGAUUUACUUAGCACUACCGAAGAUUCAUCACGUAUAUUGGUAUUGGACGUUAGAUAUAGAGAUGCAUUUGAUAACCUUGAGUCCAAACUAGUAGUUGGUCCUGAACUUGAAUUUGAAAAAAAGCUUUUCACUGAUCGUCAUAGUUUUGAUUUGAUCGUAUAUCAUGAUCAAGAUUCCAGUUUCAUUCCUAUAGGGAAGACUUCUGCCAUGAGAAAUUUAAUUCAAGCAAUCUGUGAAAAUGAAUUCAAAAAGCAUUUGAAGAGACCUCCUGUAUUGUUGAAUGGAGGUUUUAAUGCAUGGGUUAGAUUGGUAGGUGAACCUGGCAUCGAGUGCAAUGUUAAUAAUAGUAUUCGAGCAAAUCAACGCGAUAGCGUAAUUUCAAACCCGCGAAUUACUGCUAUAAACCAACAAAUAGCACAAACUACAAUACUUUCACAAACUCAAACUUCUGUUUCUACUUCGACUACGACACAAUCAAGUCAUCCCUUAAAACGUCGUAAAACCAGAUUUGAUCAUCCGUACCAUGGUUUCAGUGAGAUAAAAGAUCCGGAGUAUGCGCCUCCAUUACCACCGAAAAAAAAUGAAAUUACUUCGGGUCCAACAUCAUCAACACUGUCCAAUACGUCAAUAUCAAAUACAUCUGCAAAUAGUUCAGAACAAAUGGCAAUGCAUCAUAAAUCGUCUUUAAUAACUGAUCAUCAAAAUCAUCAUCGUAUUCCCCAAUCAGAAAGUAGUUUCUCUAAGCUGGGAUCCUGCAUUGGUAUAACAGGAUUAAGAAAUUUAGGCAAUACUUGUUUCAUGAAUUCUGUUAUUCAAUGUUUAAGUGGGACUUUGCCAUUUGCCAGAUACUUUUUAGAUGGUAGUUUCAGACGACAUAUUAAUAAAUCGAAUCCCUUAGGUACUAAAGGUGUUUUAGCUGAAGCAUUUGCAAAAUUGAUACAAGUGAUGUGGAGUGAACAAUACCAUUUUGUUUCACCUGUGACUUUCAAGGAAGCUAUCGGACGGUCUGAUCAGCAAGACUCUCAAGAGUUCCUUUCUUAUUUACUAGACGGCUUGCAUGAAGAUUUGAACAUAGUCAUAAAUAAACCAAUAAUUAAAGAGUUAACGCCUCAAGAAGAGGAGGAAAUGGAAAGACUACAACCGCAGAUUGCGUCCGAAAUAGACAAAAAAGCAGCUUACUAUUUCAAGAUUACCCGAUAUCUUAUUGAUACAUCUUAA